GUGCAGUUGUGAGGAGAGAGGGGGGUAGGAGGAGAGAUAGAGUGUGGAGAGAGAGAGAGUGGAGAGAGCCGGCCCCAUUGAGGAAAGAUGGCUACAGUCACUGCAAACGGAGUGCAGCAAGAGAAUGGCUUCAGCACCACGAACAGCGCCGGCAGGAUGAACGGGCUUACCAUCGGCCAGAACACCAUCCCCAUGAAGGACCACGACGCCAUCAAGCUUUUCAUCGGCCAGAUCCCCCGCAACCUGGAGGAAAAAGACCUCAAACCGCUCUUUGAGGAAUUCGGAAAGAUAUACGAACUCACUGUACUGAAAGACAGGUUCACGGGAAUGCAUAAAGGAUGUGCCUUUCUAACAUACUGUGCCAGAGAGUCUGCACUGAAGGCCCAGAGCGCCCUCCAUGAACAGAAGACUCUGCCAGGGAUGAACCGUCCCAUCCAGGUGAAGCCAGCCGACAGCGAAGGACGAGGAGAAGACAGGAAGCUCUUUGUGGGAAUGCUGGGCAAACAGCAGAGUGAGGAUGACGUGCGUCGCCUUUUCGAGACCUUUGGCCAGAUCGAGGAGUGCACCGUGCUGCGAGGGCCUGAUGGGGCCAGUAAGGGCUGUGCCUUUGUCAAGUUUUCCAGCCACGCAGAAGCCCAGGCAGCCAUCAACAGCUUACAUGGGGGACAGACUAUGCCGGGCGCUUCAUCCAGUCUGGUAGUUAAGUUUGCAGACACUGAUAAGGAGCGGACCCUACGCAGGAUGCACCAGAUGGCUGGGCAGCUCGGCAUCUUCAGUCCCAUGACCAUCCAGUUUGGGGCCUAUGGCGCCUACUCUCAUGCUGUAAGUCUGAGCCCGGCGGGGGAGGAGACGCAGAUGAUGCAACAGCAAGCCGCCCUGAUGGCUGCCACACAAGGCUCGUACCUGAACCCCAUGGCAGCCAUCGCAGCAGCGCAAAUGCAGCAAAUGGCAGCUUUCAAUGUCAACGGGCUGGUGGCGACUCCCAUGACUCCCUCCUCAGGCACCAGCACACCUCCAGGCAUCAGUGCCACUGCCGUCCCCAGCAUAGCCACGCCCAUUGGAGUGAAUGGAUUCAGUGCCCUCCCGCCACAAAGCAACGGGCAGCCCACGUCUGAGCCCAUCUACACUAAUGGGAUCCACCCUUACCCAGCACAGAGUCCAACGGUGACUGACCCUCUCCAACAGGCUUAUGCUGGCGUCCAACACUACGCAGCAGCCUACCCUGCCGCCUAUGCGCCAAUCAGCCAAGCGUUCCCCCAGCAACCAACCAUCAUUCCCCAGCAACAGAGGGAAGGGCCAGAAGGUUGCAACCUGUUUAUUUAUCACCUGCCGCAAGAGUUUGGAGACGCGGAGCUCAUGCAAAUGUUCCUGCCUUUUGGCAACGUCAUUUCUGCCAAAGUCUUCGUGGACCGGGCGACCAAUCAGAGCAAGUGUUUUGGUUUUGUGAGUUUUGAUAAUCCGUCCAGUGCUCAAGCGGCGAUCCAGGCCAUGAAUGGUUUUCAGAUAGGCAUGAAGAGGCUGAAGGUACAGCUCAAGCGGCCAAAGGAUGCCAACCGACCUUACUGACUCGUCUUCUGUCCAUACCCUGGAUGAAGGGCCACAACACCUUAUUUCCACAAGUGCAGUAAAAGUACAAAGACUUCUUGCUCUGCUACAUAUCAUGAAGGAAGGGUGGUCCCUUGAUCCUGCUGGAGAAACCUGUGGAAAGAUUGGGUGACUGAAAGAAGGAUCCCAGAGUUUUUCUUAUUCUUCUUUUUCAUUCUUUUUUUUCUUCGCAAAUGCCUCUUUUUCCCCUGUUUUGCUUUGGCGUCUGUGGAAGAAGAUUUUUUGCAGAGACCAACUUUUUGCUGCUGUUUUUUAGACAUGACGGGGAAAAACCUUUAUAGACUCAUUAUGCUCAAAGCAUGCAUACCGACACAGGAUAUAGAGAAACACACAGAAAAACAAACCAAACAUAUACACCUAAAGAAGAUAU